AUGUCGAUCGUCGGUCAGAAUCUAAUCGAGGGCCUUCAAGAUCUCGCCAUCCAAGAUCAGAAUGAAACGAAGGCCAAUUGUACAGAACCUGUCAAGGAGAUUAACCAAGUUGAAUGCGAAACCAACAGUAAUCACCAUGGAAUUUGCGCGAUAUGUCGGAAUAAGAUAGUUCUCCAAGAGACUGCUCUCGUAAAAGGUUGCGAGCAUGCCUACUGUGUGAAUUGCAUUUUGAAAUGGGCCUCGUAUAAAAGUGAUGCCACAUGCCCUCAGUGUAAAAGUCCAUUUGAGUUCUUGAAUAUUCAUCGUGCGCUUGAUGGAAGCAUUCAGGACUACAUGUUUGAGGAGAGUGUCCACCUUCUCCUAAGGGCCUCAUGGUUUAAAAAGCCCUCAAUUGUAGUCGAGCAAGAGUUGGUGUAUGAAGAAACCGAAGAAUAUUAUUAUGAGGAAGAAGACGAAGAGGGAGAAGAAGAUAUAGACGAGGUUUAUUUGGAUAGGUCCGGGGGCCUUUCCCUCGGGAACAGGAGAUGGGAUGACAACGGGUAUGUUCGGGCUGGGAGGCAGGAAGCACGGCCCGCUCACCGCCAGGAAACUACUGCAGGCACGUCUCGCGGGCCCAAGAAGAAAGAGGGUGCAUCUAAAGAAGCAGCAGUUGGCCGACGUGCGAAACGGGCUUUGAAGCGCGAGGCGGCUGACAAGGCAAAACAGGAGGAACAUCUGCCUGGUUUGGGCCGUGUAGAUCUUCAUUGA